AUGCAAGCGCAAGAUAAAUAUGAUUCACUGUUACCACUUGGUGCUUAUAUAUUAAUUAAUUGUGUCAAUGAUUUUGUUAAUUAUCUUUCAAAUGAUAUUUUAUUCAAUGCUUUAGAUCGUUUAAUAAUCGCAGCCGGUCAACAUAAAUGGUCAAUUGUUUGUCCGAGUUUAUUCGAUCAAAUUACAAACGCAUUGAAAAAAUUUUCACAUGAUAUUAUUUCACUAUGGAUUAAUAAAUUAUUAUCUCAGUCUUCUCAACAUGAUAUUCAAACAAUAAUAGCUCUUUGUCAUUUUCUCGAAGAAAAACAUCAUGAAUUUGAAAAUAUUCAACGAUUAGAUCAAAACAUCAUACUAUUAAUUAAAACUGCUUUUUCAAAUCAUCAAUUAUUACCUUCAAAUUCAACUACUUUCAAAGGAUUCUUACUUGAUAAAGAUAUUGAAAUAAAUUCAAUACCUGUGAUCCUCUUUCCAUUAAUCAUUACUUUAUAUGGCGGAUUAACACGAGAUGAUCAAACUGUUGUCUUCAAUUCUUCUCAUAUUCAUCAAGAAUCAACUGCAUUAACACCAAUGUUAAUACGUUUUCUUUCUGGAAAUGAUCGUAAUAAACAAGAUCAAAAUUUGAAAAAACAAGAAUGUAUAAAAUCUUUUGUGAUACGAAUAGAAAAACAUGAUGAAUAUACAGAAACAGUUGAUUUAUGUAUUACAACUAUAUGUUUUUAUAACAUUGAAUAUGUACAAGAAAAUUUGAAAAUAAUCUCCAAUUCUUUUUUACACAUGUGUACGAAUAUCAAUGUUGUUGGAAGGAGAAUCACAAGACCUGAUAAAUGA